CCUAUAUACCUAUACACGUAGACAGAAGCGGUCUAAAUACAAGUAGAAGUGAACAUGGAAGUUCAACUUUGAUAGCGUGUUAUUUUUCUUCGUUGAGAGCUAAGAACACUAAAAACACAUUGAUUCCAUUAAGACGUUUUUUUUUUCGUGAUGUCAGCUAAUUCUCCAGUUGGUCCUUAUAAGCCUAAACGUCGGAAAUCCAAAUCGCCAUACAUACAGCAAGAAAAGAUCUCAAGCAUAGCUUGCUACGACGCUGAGGGGAACAAAGACUACGAACCACCUAACCAACCGCACCGAAAGCCCGCAUAUCCAUAUCGGAAAUUAGAGGGAACAGAUAUUCGGCUGCUCCGCAUCCUACCAGGAACUGGCGCCAUUGAAUGUCUACUUUACCAGAUACCUCUUGAAGAAGUGGAACAUCCCAAAGAACUGUCGUGGCCCGGAGAACGGCCUCCCUUCAAUGCCCUGUCUUAUGUGUGGGGCGAUACGACGGAUAAGAUGACCAUUUUCCUAGAAGAUGAACCUUUUCAAGUCACGAAAAAUUUGUUUAGAGCUCUUCUUCAAUUCAGAGAGCUAGAGCUGCCCGACGACGUUAUCUUCACCGAUGAAUAUUUCUGGAUCGAUGCCAUCUGUAUUAACCAAGAAGACGUGGAAGAAAGGUCUCAACAAGUACGACGUAUGCCUGAGAUAUACGGUAGUGGUCAAACUAUCGUUUGGCUCGGGCCUGUAAACAGAACACUUCAAAUUAACCCACGCAAAAAGUCUUUACAAAAUGCCGGCUCACCCAAGUUUCAAAUAUCGUAUGACGAAGCGAUUGAGAUCUUAUUCGAAAAAGUUCGUUCAAUGGGGAAGGAAUGGGAACCUGCGGAUGACAACUACAAUUUGAUUAUAAGUAUAAAUGAAAUAUUCGGUCGCGCUUACAGGGCAGUCAUGAUUGUGUUGGAGGACAUAUUGAGUCGGCCGUGGUGGGUGAGGCUAUGGACGAUUCAGGAGGCACGUUUACAUAUGAGCCCGCUUGUCUUUGUUGGGCAUCAUAACGUACGCCUAGAAAAGCUCACAACAUUCUAUUCAUACUUUGUUGAGGAGAACAAAUCCCUUGUCAUCUCCCCAGGAAGUCGGAGGAUUGAGACCCUAACGACAAUCGAUAUAUUAUAUAUUUGCGGCGAGCCAAGGACAUUAGGAUUAGGGGAGGUCUUUGAUAGAAUACUCACGGCUGCCGAUAUCAAAGAAUCCACGGAUCCUCGGGAUCAAGUCUACGGGCUAUUAGGUAUACUGAAGAAUCUUAAAGAAGAAGAAGAACUCCCAGACGAGCUAUUGCCGAACUACCAUCUGUCAUAUUCCGAGACGUAUUGGGCCUACGCCGCGUUCUUGUUUCAGUCAGCUGGAGACUUAAAAUUGCUCGAAUGUGACCUCAAUGAGCUCCAAGGUGUACCCUCUUGGGUCACUGACUUCCGUUACCUACGCCGGGGCCCCCCGGUACCCGGGCCGUCUGUAUAUGUGUCACCUGAUAAAAGGACUCUACAUCUACAGGGCUGCAUAUUGGGGACAUUCCGAAGUGUCCUUAAUAGGAUUGAUGCAAAAGCUGAAGGACCGUGCCGUGAGAGAAUACCGGUUGAGGUGACGAAUUACGCAAAGGCUUUCGAGGAGCACAUCCUUGGACCCUCGGCAUCCAUAAGAGGGAUAACAAUCAAAGAGGCUUUAAAUGAUAUGAUAGAAUGGGUGAACGAGAUUAUUCCCUUGGAGAGCCCUGAAUUGCUUUAUGAAGCCUAUAGCAAUCUGCGUGAUUCGCCUAGGCGUAGACGGUCACGGACAGCAAAGAAAAAAUGGACGAAAAAAACAGGCAUGUUAGAAAAUUCGGUCGUCGUCAAUUUCGUACAUCCUUCUUUAUUACUCCAUGACGGUUCGAUACUUAACGCUUAUAGGAGGGAUAUUGAGGUGAUAGCUGGUGAUUUAAUAUGUCUGUUUAAGGGAGCUAAUAAACCAAGCAUAUUGCGUGCCUCUGGCGAGAACUUUACUUUCCUAGGCCAGUGUAUACUGGGAGGCGGUCCUCUUAAGAGCAAGAUAAAUGACGACAGUUUCUGGGCUAGCGCGCAUAUACAAGAUAUCAAAUUGAUCUAGAAAACUUAUAGGGUGAAAUACAUAAUAAUAUAAUAUUUAUAAUCUAA